CUUUCAUUCUCGCUCUCUUUUUUGGCUAUCUUUUUCCUUUUUAUAUUCUGUUUGUUUCCCGAGAAACCGUAGAAAACGAGCAGAAAUUUUUGGGAAUCUUUUAACAGCCAUUUGGUUUCCCAUAGAAUUUUAGUACCCAAACGCACCUACGUGAAUGGGUUCUAACUUUUAAGUUAUUUAUUGAAAUGGGUAUUCAGUAUACUUUGCUUUGCUUCUUUUCAAGACAUGAUCUUUUGUCUGCUUCUUCUUUUAAGCUUUUUUCUUAAGCAAGGUUUGAGCUUGAAAAACAUUUCAGUCUCUUUCAUGGGAUUUCCAAUGUGAAAGUCACUGGAAAAUGUGAUUCUGUAAUCUGGGUAUAUUUUGGUUUGAGCUUUAAGUGUUCAUGUGUUUAUGCUCUGUAGUCGUGUUGGUGCGGAUUUUAUUUGAGGCUCUGUUUGAUUGCUGACGAAAACCAGAAAUGGAGUGAAACUAUGGAGCUAUGCAUUUUCCUCUGCUCAGUUUUGUUCUCUUUUUUUUCUUUCUUUCCAAAACACUGAAAAAGUCAAGCAAUCCACUUUUCUUUUGCUACUCUGUUCCUCUGGUUUCUCAGCAGCCAAACAAAGCUUGAUCUUUUGGGCUACUUAGCUAGUGGAGCUAUGGUUUUGAUCUUUUGAUAUGAUGGGUUUGCUUAAUUCCAUGCAGCAUCAGUGUCUUAGUUUUUGGGCAUUUAUAAAUGUUCGAAUUUUCAUCUUAUUGCUUUGAUUGUUGAUAUGGUUGUUUUGAUUUUGUUCCCACAGUGGUUAUUGAUUUUAGACGUCAAUUUUUUUUUGGGGGAUGAAUCUUUGUGCUUCUUUGCUUCCAUGAGGCAUUAUGUAUUUACUUGCAUUUCCUAUUCCUAUGAUUUAUUUAAAAAUGGAAAUUUACCGUUUGCUUUUGUGAAUUGUGGUAGGCAUUAACAUUACUGCAUAAUUCCUUUGACUUCAAUUUUGUUCUACUUAUGGAGUCUUGGAGUUUCGGUUCAGAAGGGAAAGGAUUUUUAUUCCCCGAAGAAAUAGAUAUACAAAUUGAUGCGUUUGCAAGGAGUAGAAAAGCAUUGCUAGAAUGGGAUAACAAAACUUGCUUGAAUUUCGGUAAAGAAUCAGUUGACGGCACGGAGUUCAUGGAAUUGGAUCUCCCUGACAUAGUGAGGAAGCCUUUUCAUACAAACCAAGGAGUGGAAAUCUUGAGUGGUGUGGUUGGUAAUGAUUCUAGUUAUAAUUCUGUAGCUUCUCCUACUUGUUUGAUUUCUUCAAGUUCAUCUUUGGGUGAAGGAGAAUCUGGAUCAAAGUUUUCGAGCCCGGUCACUGAAUCUAAUAGCCAGGAUUCAUCACUCAUUGCUUUGAAGCUAGGGAGGUUGACUGAUAGCAAAAAUGGGCAGAAUGGUCAACAUGCUAAAGAGAGGUCUAAAAGAGGUGGCAUUAAGGGUUCAUACUCUCACAUUCCCACCUGCCAAGUCCUUGGUUGUAACAUGGAUCUUAGCUCCUCAAAGGAUUACCACAAGAGGCAUAGAGUUUGUGAUGCUCACUCCAAGACUCCCAUAGUGAUUGUUAAUGGCAUGGAACAGAGGUUUUGUCAGCAGUGUAGCAGGUUUCAUCUGCUUGCUGAAUUUGACGAUGUUAAGCGCAGUUGUCGUAGACGCCUAGCUGGCCACAAUGAACGCCGAAGGAAGCCUCAACUAGAUACCCUCAAUUGUAAACCGCAUAAGUUGCUUCGGUCAUAUCAAGGCACUGGUUAUGUAGGAACUUCCUUUGCAAAGAGAACACCCUUUGUCUUUUCAGAUAUUCUUCCAGGUGGCAUUCUAUAUCCAGAAGAAUAUGCACAUGCUAACCAGUAUGGAAAUGUCAAAUGUGAAGAUGAGUCAACUUACAGUCAAUGUGUAACACCUAUAGCAAACAGGCAAAUGCUUCCGAAAUCUGUCCUUGGGAAACAACAUGCUCCAGGAAUUCCUUCAUCAGGAAAUGAAUACUCUACUUUUGAUGCAGCAUCAACCAUUCAGAAAGCAUCUGGGUCCUCAAACUCCUGUUGUGCUCUCUCUCUUCUGUCAACUCAAUCGCAUAACUUAUCAGGGCAUUCAGCAGGAGUUCAGGUUCCUAGCCCCUCGAUAAUACAACAAAGUACUCAUCACAGUGUUGGUCAACUUUAUGAAAAGCCUUCAAGAGUAAACUCCAUGGAAAAAUGUGGACAAAGCGGGUCCUACCUACAUAUUAUGAACUCCAUGGGAGUUGACCAGAUGGAAUCAGUAAUAGAUUCUAGUCAGGCUGUUGACUUCCAACUUCACACAGAUGGGGGUUUUCAAGAGUCACAUUGUUUAAGUACCAAGUAUUGUCUUUCUCCCGAACAUGGAACAACUUUUGAUUUGCUGCAAUUGUCAUCACAUCUUCAAAGAGUGGAGCAUGAGAGAAACUUUUUGCAAGUAAAACAGGAGCAUGGAGAAUACUACUGUUUCCCAACUGCUUAAGCGUCAUGCAGUCGACAAUGUGAUUAUGUUGGUGGAGGCAGUUUGGGUUUUUCUGCAUCAGUAAUACUCUGACUAUAUUGGUGGAUUCUAUACAAAGGCUGGUAAAAACUUUAGAUACCAUUGGUGGUAAAACUUAUAUUCUGAAGGGCAAAUAACAAGAGAAAAAGGCAAUGUGGAUUCUGAUAUUGUAAAGUUAUGCAAGUUGACACCUUUAUUUUAGUUAUGUGCAAACUUUAUGCUAAUAUAAUGAUUUAAGUCAUUAUCUUACAAGUUUAAAGUAUCAUUGGUUCAAUUUA